AUCGAACUCGCACCCUCUGAACUGGCGGACGCGCUAACGGUAACCAGUGCUCCACCGAGCCGCCCGACAGCCAAAAUAAAAAGGCGAAAAACAAAAUAAGAAGAUAGGCGCAGGUACGUGCAGUCUUCUUCAGGACAGACGAUCUUUGCCCGUCCGAUGACGUCACGGCGCCGCUGCUCUAGCUGGACGUAAAACCCAACGCGAAGACCGACGUCAGCUCUCGUUUGUCGUUAGUGUGCGUGCGCGCGCGCGCCCACUUGGCGCUAGUGCACUUUUCAAGAUUUUUAUGAGACGACAACGCGCGAGGACGUCGCGAGGUCACCGAAGGUCGUUUGCUGUCGACGGACAAUCAAGCGACGAUCGGGAUCAGCACCCGCGAACGAGGCCUCGUCACCUUGCCACCAGCCGCUGGUACCUCCUUUUAGCACGGGCCAUGCACGUCAAGCAGCUGCGUUCCGGGCUGUGCGUGGACGUGUCAGGGUUCCGCGCGCCUCCCCGCAACGGCCGUUGCCCCCUUAGUGCCAUCCCAGGCAACACGCUUAGUACACGAGCCAGCCCACCACCGCUACAUUGUCCGGCCAAAGAUGAUCCCGACGCCCUGCUGGAUGUGUGCGCCGUCAUCAAGCCGGGCCACGUCCGUGAGAAGAUUGCCCUCUUCGCUUUGGACCCGGGUUCAUUAUGCGCAAACCGCGCCCCCUCGACGCGGCCAGCGAAGGUGAAGGGCAGCUGGCGGGAAAAUAACGACGGCAAGCGACGAAGGCGGUCCGCCGCUACUAGAACCCUCCGGCGGGACUCGGGUAGCCUGCCUGGAAACAGGCUGCCCGCCGAUGCCUCCACCCCAAGUUUGGAGCAGAAGGUGUCAGUGGGUGCCAUAGUUGCGUUCCUGGAGGAGCGCCGCAGCGGCACCGGGUUCGCCGUCACCCGAACGCCGCCCCUCCCGGAGGACACUGAGAGCGUGCGUGUAUCGGACGUGGUCGCCAAGCUCGAGUGUCUGCAGCGUCGCAACGAGGGUGGCGUGUCCACAAGCCCGAGGCUGUGGGCGGGGCACGUGCAGCUCACCGUCUGUCCCGCUCCAUCCUCGCCAUCGUUCGAUGCUUGGGACAGCGACCCGAUCGAACGCUCCCGGUCACCUUCUUCAGCUGGCAUCGCGCUUCCGCCGCCUUCGCUGGAGGAGACGGAGCCCCUUCCCGGGUUGUUGUUUCUGUCCACGCCUUGGCCGGCGCCACCCUCCAUCCUUUCGGACGAGGCGGCGGCAGCGGAGCAGACGCGGGCAUCGGAUGACUUUGCGGAGAUGAGACGGCGGCUGAGCGAGCUCCUGGAGCCGCCGGCCACUCUGGCCACACUGCCGCAGGAUGUGCUGGUGGGCAUCUUUGUGCUGCUGCCCACCCGCAGCCUAGCGGCCCUCAAGUGCACGUGUCGCUACUUCAAGCUGGUCAUCGAGAACUACGGUGUCCGUCCCGCCGAUUCCCUGUGGGUGGCAGACCCCCGUUACCGCAACGACCCCUGCAAGAAGUGCAAGCGGCGCUACGGGCGCGGUGACGUGUCGUUGUGCCGCUGGCACCACAAGCCGUACUGCCAGGCGCUGCCCUUCGGGCCUGGCUUCUGGCUGUGCUGCCACCGCCUACGCAGGGACGCCCUCGGUUGCAAUGUGGGGCUCCACGACAACCGCUGGGUGCCCACCUUACACAGCUGAGCUGCAUGGCAAAGCUUUUAACUUUUUUUUUUUUUUCCUUGAACUUGCUCGUGGUCGACCUGUCACAUCCCGUUUGUUGGCUGAGGAAGGAGUCUCAGACAGAUCUCGAUUUGUGUUCACGUGUAUAUAAUAUUGCAUUUUAAGAAAGCCUAGGAAAUGCUAUAAUAAAAAGACAUUUUUAAAAAUUGA